AUGAACAACAAUCAAUCUCUAUUAGAAUCAUUACCAAAUGAAAUUUUGAUAGAUACUUUUGAAUAUCUUGAUGCUCGAGAUCUUUUUCGAGCAUUUUAUAAUCUUAAUUCACGUUUUAAUGAACUUCUUCAAUCUCUAAAUGAACUUUGUCUUAUUCUUUCGAUUCGUGAUCGUGAUGAAGUAACUGAUAAUGCAGUUUUUCUUCCUUAUAUUAAUACUUUAAUUAUUAAAUAUAAAACAGAUGUUAUACUUAAUUAUUAUACAACAAUUCGUCGUCUUAUAUUAAUUUGUUUACCAUAUACAAGACCAUAUAAACUUGAAACAGCUAGUCUUCCUCAUUUAGAAUAUCUUUCAAUUAUUUUAAAAGGUUCAUUUUCAGUUUUUUCAAUAAAUCGUUUACAUGAACCAAUAUUUUCAAAUAAUUUUCCAUGUUUAAAGUUUUGUUCUCUACCACAAACAUCAACAAUUCAAAAAACUGAACGUUGGACAACAUUAUUAUCAUUACGUAUUUUAAAAGUUGGACAUAUUGGUUUAUUUACUUAUAUUGGUAUUUUAUCAAUAUGUCCAAAUUUAAAAUUUUUUUAUUUUUUUGAAGAAAAAGUUCUACAAACAUCAACUGUUCUACCACAACAAUAUGUUAGUCAUAAAAAUCUUAAAAAAUUAGUUAUUAAAGAAAAAUAUAUUGGACCUAUUUCAAAUGUUGGAAUAUUAAAUGAAUAUUUAUUAUGUGUACCUAAUCUUGAACAUCUUAGUAUUCAUGUAACAACAUAUCAUAUGAGAAAUUUACAAUAUCUUUUUGAAUUUGAUUGGCUUUCAUCAAUCAUAUCUGUACAUUUACCAUUACUCUGUCGAUUUAAUUUUUAUUUACCUAUUUUUCGUACUAGACGAAUUAAUAGACUUUUUGAUGAAAGUACAUUUAGUAAAUUACAACAACGUUUUAAAAUAAUGCAUAAAAAACAAUAUCAAUCUCAACUUAUUAUUAAUCGAAAAAAUUUUCAAACUUUUCAAUUUUAUGAAUCAACUGAUUCAUCUGAUUCAUCUGAUUAA